AUGCGGGUGCCGGUGGCCCGUUCCGAUAUCCUGGCCAGGAGGAUACCAGGUCAUAUCCUCCCCCAACUUGAUUCCUUGACUCAGCCGUAUAACAAAAAAAGCCUCCUUCCUUCGUCUUCGAAUCGGAUCGACCGUCAAGAUCCUCAACCGACCCUCACACAGAGAUGCUCCUUCUUCGACCUCCUGACCCAUUCGCGGAAAUGGCUCCCCUUGGGAGAAGCUUGGGGACGAAGAUUCUCUCGCCGGUCGGCCUCGUCUACUUGGUGGUGGUACCGUGUUCUGGUAGUCGACUCAUUGGGCUUAAAGGCCAGGGACUUCCCCCUUUCCUCUCCUCAUCUGCUCGUCUCCAACUUCGUAGUCUUCCCCAGUAUCCAACUAGUCCAAAUAAAUUUUGCCAGUCGCGUUCUACCUGUAGCCCUAUCAUGA